AUGAUUGAGUCAAAUAGUUAGAGCCCAGAAAGAAGACAGUAGGGAGGAGGAACAAAGAUUAUGUCAAUAAAAAAUGUGAUAGCUAAAUCACAUUAAGCAAACUAGAACUUAAAAUAAAAUGAAAUAACAAAACUUUAAAAGUUUAAAGGAUAAUUUGAAAACGUAAGAUCUCGAGCUCUUAUGAAUAUUGAGCAAGGUGGAGGAGAACAUUUCAAGAAGUAGAUUAAAUACAAAUUGAAUGUUGAUACAGACUCUGAAGAAGAAACAGCUCAUGAAAAUUCUUAAAGAUUAAAAAGUAAAGCUUCAAAGGACUCAAACAAUAAUUAAAAUGCAUAUUUUGAAGCCUAAAUGACACUAGGAGCAGAGCAAACAAAAGCAAAAUAAAACACUAAUUUACUAUUUAACAAUUUUGAUAAAGCUUCAUAAAUUAUUCCAGCUAGAAUGAAUUUAAAAAAAAUAAUAUAAAAUGAUUAAAAAAUAUAACCUGCAAGUUCUCCAACUGCUUAAUAAACUUCUUUAGGACAAACUUAUAGCUUAAAUGUCUAGGCUUAAAAUACUUUAGCUAAUCAGGGCACAUCUCAAACAAGCUACCCUUCUUAAGGAGAUAAUUCUACAAAUUUGAAAUUGUAGAAGAUAAUGAACUUAGCUGCUUUAAAUAACAGUAAUUAUGAAGAUUCUCCUAACAUGGCUGGAACAGAAGAAAAUGUAAGUUACCUUAAAGGGCUGAGCUAAAACUAAAAUCUUCCUAAUAAUUGCGAAUUAAUCGAAUAUGUUGACAGCGAUAAAAUUACAAUUGGUAUUAAAACAACUGACUUCUUUACUUUCAUUAGACUCUAAGAUGAAGUUGAUGAGCUGAGAAGAAAACACAAUCAAUUUUAAUUAUAAAAAGAGCUGAUUUAACAGCAAAGAAUUUAGCAGAACAAAUAAUAUAAAACAUAAGUCUUUAAUGAAAACUAGGAAAUUUAAUCUCCAAGUCAUACAAUUUCACAAAGCAAUUAAAAAUCUGGUAACAAGCAGACUAUUUUAUAAAAUAUAAAAAACUCUCCUCUUUUGAACUCAAGCUAAUAAGCUGCUACUAAAUAAAAUUUAUUUGCAGCGAAUUAAGAAUAAGAAGCAAAUAAUGAACCUGAGGCAACGAAUAAUAAAAAAGAAGGCCAAAAAAUUUUCUAAUUCUACGUAGCCAGAAAAUAUGGAAUGCAGUGGCAUAAAAAGAUGACAUAAAUAAUAAAAAAUAGGAUUAAUAAAUAAAAUGUUUAAAAUUAAUCUUAAAAAAUUAACUAAAAUAAAUAAUUUACAGAAGAAAAUUACUCAAAUUUGUCUUCUUUACAUGAAAACACAAUUGAAAAGAUAUGA